GCGAAAACGAUAACCAAUGGACCAAAAUUUACGAGACAGACAAGGAUGGGAUUGUGAUUUCUGGAAAACUUGAUGACCUGAAAGCUGCCUUUCGAUCCGCUCCCGAUGUACGGAUAUAUGUUCCAUCCUGGAAUCGGACCUUCAACAUUGAUUCGACAAAUAUGGACAACAUGGAAGAAAACGCGACCUUUUGUUCACAGUCUUUGUUCCACGUCGUCAAGACAGCUUGGGACACAUUCUCAGAGACAGCAAUACGUAUGUUUUAUCUAUUCUGUUCAACGGGAUUUUACCAGAAGAAAGAGUAUCGUAUUGGAGAUAAUUUCCAUUCUUACGAUUCAGAUGACAUUGGCUUUGUUGGCAUGGCAUGGUUUACAAGACAUUUUUGUAAACCCACGGGAAAAUAUCCAAUAUUUUCCAGCAACGACCAAGCUCAACAGUUCUGUAGUUCUUUAUCAAAACUGUUAUCAGCUAUCCACCAUGGCUCUGAAAUUCGUCUCGGGACUGCGGGACUAGUUUUGCCGGUAGACCAGAUGACUUUCAAUCCUAGCUUGGCCGUUGCUCACUCCGAUCGCCGAUUGAAAACUGUGAUAUAUCAUCAAUCUGACGGUAUCGAAGUUCGCAAAUUGUAUGAGAAUUGGAUCUACUAUAACUACGGUUCUGAUGGCACACGGGAAAACCAUAUCUGGUCCGUAGGAACGCAUUUUCUGGUUAGGAUCAACCCCAGAAAGCAGAAAUUCGCAGAUUUUUAUUCAGACGCUUGUUGGUCUCUUGUAUACUCGCAUGCCAACAGCGGUGAUGUUCUUCAGGGUACAGUCAGAAGGCUGCGUGCUAGCGUUCUUUCCGGAAGAAGAAUCCGAAUGAUUGUAAAUGGCAAUAUAUCGGGGGAACCGGAUAGCCUCUUUAUGGAGUCAAAUGGACACGUGACCAAUAUAUCGGGGGAACCGGAUAGCCUCUUUAUGGAGUCAAAUGGACACGUGACCGCACAGCUUCUCAGCCAGCUAUCCGUUUCAAAUCAGAGUCGAUUUCAAUUCGAUCCCUACACGUUUUGGCAGAUGAUUUCUUCAUCAGGAUUUGCAAAUGUUAUGAAAAUGUACAUUGAGUCAAAUAGGACGGAAAGUAGCGAGACAUUUAAGUUCAACGUCAACUGGUUUGCUGAUACGCGGGCAUGGAGAAAACUCUUAGCGGUAUCAAACACGGGCCAUGUUACAAAGGGGUCUAAGAACGAGUUGAGCAGAUCACUGAAAUCAGGCGGCAUGUUACGAUUAUUGGUAACAUUUCCGAACGGUACAAUUAACGCCUUUUCUCCGGACAGCGUAGAGUUUUAUCAAGAGGAGGUGGCCGCACAAUUCAUUAGACAUGUCGGGCACGUAAAGAAAUCGGCAUCAAACGAGAGGAUCUUUCCUGCGGUGCCAUUUUGGAAUUACCUAAUGGUUACCACUGAAGGAAGACUAGUUUCUUCGUUGUGGAUUGUUGGAGAAAACGCCAAGGUGUCAGACACGUCCAUCAUGGUUAAAACUGUUUGGUUUGUAAACUAGCACUUUUUACGCACCGGGGCUGCAUUUAUUUAUCAAACAUAGCGUAAAAUUUUAUGGUGAGACUUAACUUUGCGUUAAGCACAUUAAGCAAGUACAUUGUAUACCCAGGUAAUGUUGGUUAUAUUCAGGGUCGGUUCUUUUGGUCUUGCGAUUCUAUUAAGGAUUACAGUGUCCUACUGGUGAUUUUACCAACGACAAAGUUCAGUAUGGUGUCAAUAUUUGGAAAAGACCACUAACUGGUCCACGAAACAAAAAUCCCUAUCAUACUGAAAUUUAACCUUUGAUAAAAUUAUCAGAAAGACAAUUACUGUGCAUACUUUUAAUUUUACACUUAAACGUCGCGCGAUUUAAGAUUAGAUUGCUCACAAAAUCUAUAUAGAAUCAAAUACCGUUAGGUUUUGACAGGUUCUUAGAACAGCUGGCAAAGGUUGAUUUACGAAGAAACCUUUCUCACACUUUCUAUACAAAACUUGCAUCACUUUAAAACUGUAUAGCUUUUCAUUGUACAUAAUCCUCACACAAAAUUCCUCCACAUAUAAUUAAAGGCGGAUUGAUGUGUGAUAUAAAGGUAGACAUAAACUGUGCUUACAGGAGGGGAACACAGGGAUACAAUAUGUUGGUGUCAGUUAUGAUGUCAUAGACUGUUAAUCUAUCUAGUUAGUCUAUAUCGCUGCUUUGCCAUCAAAAUGUAAAUAUUGUUUAUUCAACCGCGAAUUUCUAGUUAGUUUAUAUCGUCGCUUUGCCAUCCAAAUGUAAAUACCGUAGCAUUGCCAUUUAAAUAUAAAUAUUGUUUAUUCAACCGUGAAUCUCUAGGUAGUGUAAAUCGUGGCAUUGCCAUCCAAAUGUAAAUAUUGUUUAUUCAACCGCGAAUCUCUAGUUAGUUUAUAUCCAAAAGUAAAUAUUGUCUGUUUAAUUACAAAUUUCUCUGGCUAAUUUAUCAUGUGAGAGUGGGAUGCGGAAGAGGUCAGAGUUCAUACAACCUCGGAUUUCUUAAUCCGAAAUAAUUCCAAAGGAAAUCAGAUUCAAAGAAGGGUUUAAAUGAAUACGUGUGUAACAGUACUGGUCGCCAUCCUCUUUGCGACAGAGAGAUAAUGUUAUCCGUUUUACAUCAUUGAUUCCUCUUCACCAAGACUACUCCUCCAGGUGCGAUAAAACUGUCACUCCUUCUUAAGAAGAAAAUAAAGGAUUUGGACACCUAUUGGGUUCCAUAUUUUGUUCAUAGAGUGUGAUCCAUUGGAUCUCUCAACUUUCAUCUUGACUCACCCAUUCAUUCCGAUUUGAACGGAAGAAAAUGGCGCCGCUUUAUUGUGCAUGUAUUUGUAUAGCGUGCAUCUGAACCAGGUAGACUGAGAAGCUUAAACUGAAUUAAAUCAUAUUUUUAUGUACACAUAUAAAAUGCAGAUUUGCGAAGAGCUUUUAUUUUGUUGCGCAUAUCAUUAUUUUGUUACAUGUGGUGAUAAGUAUACGCAUUUCCCGCAAAGUCAUACGUCACAUGUCAAAUUCAUAUCUCUAUUGGCAUCGACAACAAAAAGAAACAAAUGAAUUAAUAAACAAACAAAAAAUAUUGACUAAUAAACAGGGUUAUUGAGGUGUGGUGUUCAUGUUAAUUAGAAAAGAAAUUUAUAAAAAUGGACCAUAACUUGAAAGAUUUUGGGAAUUCAUAAAACCGCACUAUAACUGGUAUGAUCUAAUGGAAUCCAUCGAAGCGGAACAUCAAUUGAAAUACAGUUUUUUUUGUAUUCUGCGCUUUAACUAUCAAACGUUCCUUAUCAGGAAAUAUAGAUAAAUUAUAUAUUUAUACAAUCGAAGUGUGUUUGAUUAGUACUACUACUCCACUUUGAAUCCGACACAUUAUCGUUUGUGAAUAUCAAAUUAGUUCUGAAAUAGACAACCCGCAGACAGGUUACCAGGCAAAUGCUUGCAAUGGACAAACUGGUAUAAUUGUACGCUUAUUUAUAUCUACCAAGUCGUAAAUGCGCCAGACUUCGUUGCUUUAUCCGUUAGAAUUGUAUGAUAUACACAAGAUGCACAUAUAAAACAGCCUGGGCUAGCUACAGUAGAUAUAUCAUUGGAUGUUCGAUUGAGCAUUAUAUGAUGAAUUUAUCAGUUAUUAUUAAAAAACGAAAUGUA